GUAGGGAAAAUUCCAUCUUCAAAUUCUGUUUCCAUGGCUCCUGUACCUAUUUCUCCUCCCAUCAAAGUUGGGCACAUUGAUGAUGUCCAAGAACUAAGAAAAACUAAGCCAAGGACAAUUCCUCAAAGAUUUGUACGAGACAUGACUGAAAGACCAACACUUGAUACAUCUUUUUCUUCACCAUACAGUGACAUCAUGCCUAUCAUUGACUUCUCUAAGCUUAGUAAAGGGAACAAAGAGGAAGUCUUCAAUGAACUUUUCAAGCUUGCAUCUGCUUGUGAGGAGUGGGGAUUUUUUCAGGUAAUUAAUCAUGAGGUUGACCAAAAUCUGUUGGAGACCAUAGAGGAUAUGAGCAAGGAGUUUUUCAUGCUACCUUUGGAAGAGAAACAGAAAUACCCUAUGGCACCAGGUACAGUUCAAGGGUAUGGACAAGCUUUUGUUUUCUCAGAGGAUCAAAAGCUGGAUUGGUGCAACAUGUUUGCUCUUGGAAUUGAACCUCAAUAUGUUAGGAAUCCAAAUCUAUGGCCAACGAGGCCAGCAAGAUUCAGUGAAACUGUGGAAGUGUACUCAAGAGAAAUAAGGAAACUAUGCCAGAAUAUGCUCAAAUACAUAGCUUUAGGACUGGGCUUGAAAGGGGAUGUAUUUGAGAAGAUGUUUGAUGUAGCAGUGCAAGCCUUAAGGAUGAAUUACUACCCAACAUGUUCAAGACCUGACCUUGUUUUGGGUCUGAGCCCACAUUCAGAUGGUAGUGCACUCACUGUGUUGCAGCAAGCAAAGGGAAGCCCAGUGGGACUUCAAAUACUCAAGGACAAUACAUGGGUGUCUGUUCAACCAAUUCCAAAUGCUCUUGUCAUCAACAUUGGAGACACAAUAGAAGUUCUUACAAAUGGAAAAUACAGGAGUGUGGAGCAUAGAGCUGUGGCUCAUAAGGAGAAAGAUCGACUAUCAAUUGUGACAUUUUAUGCUCCUAGCUAUGAAGUAGAGCUUGGUCCAAUGUCAGAAUUUGUGGAUGAAAAUCACCCAUGCAAGUAUAGAAGAUACAAUCAUGGAGAGUACAGUAAACACUAUGUAACAAACAAGUUACAAGGAAAAAAGACCCUGGACUUUGCCAAGAUUCAAAUAAAAAACACAAACUAGGAAGGCCAACUCAGCUCCCCUACUAGCUAAGAGUACUAUAGUUAGACUAUCUGUCUAUAAAUAUGAACCAUAUAAAAGUAUCAAGGUCAAGCUUCUCAAUUCUUUUUAUUGAAAAAUAGGCAAAAACAAUUAGUUGGGUGAUGUAUAAG